UUGAAUUACACAGGAUUAUUUCCUGGAGAUGUGUGCAAACCCUCACGAAAGAAGAAAGCCGCUGAGUUUAGAGCUGUGACGAAGAGCGCUUAUCAGAACUAAACGCUGAAUAUUCAAAAGUAUGUCAAAUGUCUGAAGGGCUGGCUACGCGAGACUAACGGUUGUCAAACAAGUAAAUAAAUGUGGUAGAUGAAGUCUUUAUUCAGUUGGCCUACAAAUUGGCGUCACGGUGGCGCAGCCGGUUACGCCCAAGUCACGUGAUGCGACUUCUAGUCACACAAACGGAGGUGAACAUGGCCGAAGUGUCGGAGAGGACGUUACAGGUCGCUAUAGUCGUUUCGUUUGCAACCGGUUUUAUCGCCGGCUGGCAGGCAAAUAGGAUGCGAAGAAGGUUCUUGGACUGGCGGAAAAAGAGGUUACAGGACAAGCUCGCAGAAACACAGAAGAAGCUUGACCUAUCAUGACGCUUACCAAAACAUCACGCAACCGACCUGUGCCUCGGUCUGAUGGAGUAUUCCUCGUGUACAAACAGAUUGAGGAGUCCAUAACAGCAGCUCUCAGCAGGAUCAGGCUUUCAACCUUGGAUCGAUGACACAAUCUACAGACUGGAGCAAAGCAAUACAACUUUCUCAAGGACUUUAAAAACUCAGCAGAAUGUUGUAUUUGUAAGAUUUUUUUUC